AUAGAAAGAUGUUGCUGAAGGAAGUGCUCUUCCUAGUCUUGGCGGCAUUAUGUCUGUCAAAUGCCGUCAGUAUUAAAAGUCACACUGCUGACAUGGAUUUCAUUCACAAGCAAAAGAAGAUCUAUGAAUUGCUGUUCUACGUGCAACAAAACGUACUGACCGACACUGAAUUUUACAAUGUUGGACGCAACUAUGAAAUCGAGAACAACGUGGACAUGUACACAGACAAGAAUAUCGUCAAAGAGUUUGUAUAUUAUUACAAACAUGGCAUGCUUAGCCGUGAUGCUGUUUUUUCCCCAUUCCACGAAGAGCAACGUAACGAAAUGAUCCUAUUGUUUAAACUUUUCUACUACGCUAAAGAUUUCCAAACCUUCUACAAAACCGCUGCAUGGGCACGUCUUAAUUUGAAUCCCGAAGUUUUCUCGUAUGCUUUCUAUGUUGCCAUUUUCUAUAGGCCCGACUGCAAAUACAUAUAUCCCAUGCCACCCUAUGAAUCCAAUCCUAGCUAUUUCUUCGACUCGAGUGUUAUCCAGGAAGCACACCGCAUUAAAAUGACACACGGUUUAACUCCUACUGGUAAUACGGAUCACACUGACACUUACAUAAUCUACAAUAAUUACACUGACAGAUCCUACUACGAUGAAGAUUAUAAAUUAGAUUAUUUCAUGGAAGAUUUUGGUUUGAACAGCUAUUAUUACUACUUCCGUCAAAUUUUCCCAUUCUGGUUGAACAGCAAGGAAUAUAACAUUCCUCAGGAAUUCCGUGGUAUUUUCUACCUGUAUAUCCAUCAGCAACUGAUCGCUCGUUAUUAUUUGGAACGUUUGUCAAAUGGCUUGGGUGAGAUCGAAGAUUUUAACUUCCAGAAAGCAUUCUAUCCAGGAUUCUAUUCUUCCAUAAUGUUCCGUAAUGGUGUUGUAAUGCCUCAACGCAAGAGUUACUAUAACAUACCUUAUUACAAAAACUAUUACUUAAAGGACAUUGAUAUUCUGGAAUAUCGUAUUAUAAACGCCAUUGAUUCCGGACUAGUUAUGGACCACAGUGGCAAGUUCGUAAACAUCUACACACCUGAAGGUUUGAACAUUCUCGGUAAUCUGAUCGAAGGUAACUCCGAUACCUGUAACUCACGUUACUACGGAAUGUAUGAAUCGUUGGUAAGAAAUGUUUUUGGAUACGACUUCGACUAUGCGAACAAAAACAAGUUCGUACCAAGUGCUAUGCAACUCUACAGUACUAACAUGAGAGAUCCUGCUUUCUAUCGUCUCUUUAACAAAAUCAGCAACUUUGUAUACAGAUACAAAGAAAAUCUACCAGUCUACUCUCAAAACGAACUCAACUUCCCUGGUGUCAAGAUCGAAUCCGUCAACAUGGACAAACUCUGGACCUACUUUGACUACUGCGAUGCAACAAUCAAUAAUGCCGUCUUCUUUGAUAGCUUCAAAGAAGGAUUAUCCCUGCGCAUCAAGGCUCGUCGUUAUUGCCUCAAUUACAAACCAUUUACAUAUCAUUUAGGCGUAAAUUCUGACAAAGAUACUAAAGCAAUGGUUAAGAUCUUCCUUGGACCCGCAUUCGAUAGCAUGGGUGAAGAUUUAAGUUACCUUCGCAAAUACUAUAAAUACUUCGUAGAACUGGAUCAAUUCAUUGUAACGCUUAAACCUGGUAUGAACAAUAUUGAACGUAAGAGCAGUGAAUCUGUUUACACGAUGCCAGACAUGAUGUCCAGCGAUUCAUUCUACAAGAAACUUCAAAAGGCUGCCAGUGGUGGCGAACCAUUUACUUAUUACGAAAAACUCUAUGCAUUCCCUGAACGCCUAACUCUUCCCAAGGGUACACCCGAGGGUAUGAAAUUCAAAUUGUUCUUCUACCUGACUCCAUACGACGAAUCGAAAGUGGUGAAAAUCGAUCUACCGAUCUUCGGCAAACUCUACUACGAUGGCAAACCAUGCGGCUUCCCUCUUGACAGACCAAUGUACACAUACAAAUUCUUUACUCCCAACAUGUACUUCAAGGACGUUUACAUCUACAACACGAAAGAUGCUGAAAAGUUCUCACACUAUUAAGACUUAAUGACAAUUAAAUCAAUGGUUACUAUUUCGUACCACCAUGCGACUGUU